GCAACCGAGACUCUGACAGGUGUUAGCAAGAGGGGAAAAAAUAACACGUUGGGUCUGUGGUCUCUGUUCUUCUCCUUGUUCACGUGUUCUCCCCCGUUCUUCAAGUUCCCCAUCGUGAUGAACAUGUCCCCAGCACUCUUCUUCCUCCUCCUGUUGAGUAAUUCCUUCGCAGCAAGAACAGGAGAUGAAGAAAAGGAUAAAAGUGUGCACAGAGUGGUGGUCAUCUCCCUGGAUGGCUUUGGACACAAUUAUCUCACUAAAUACAAUUUUCAGCAUUUAAAUCAACUGUUUGUUCAUGGGAGUUAUCCCGAGGUGUUCAGAAACCAGUUCAUCACAAAGACCUUCCCCAACCAUUUCUCCAUUGCGACGGGAGUUUAUGAGGAGACCCAUGGUGUCGUGGCGAAUGUCAUGUAUGACCCAGACUUAGACAAGACGCUACACGUUGAUGACGAGGAGUUCUUCACUCAGAAUCCAGGCAUCAUUCCUGUUUGGACCCUUAACGAAGAGCAUGGUGGCCACACGGCCUGCCUGAUGUGGCCUGGCUGUGAUAAGACCUUUCGUGGAAGGAAUGUCACCUACUGGACGCCCUUCCAUGAGGACGCCACCUUCAGGGAGAGCAUUGACAAGGCAGUGGAGUGGAUGACAGAUGCAACAAAGCCAGCCAAUCUUGUGUUCCUCUAUGUGCAGGAGCCUGAUACUGUUGGCCAUGCCUAUGGGCCGAACUCUUCAUAUGUCGUGGAAGAAUUGAAAAGGAUUGACGAUAACAUCGGUUACUUCUACAAGAUGCUGACCAUCUUCAACUUGCUGGACACGACCGACGUCAUAGUGCUGAGUGACCAUGGCAUGGUGGCUGUGCCCGAGGAGAACAUCAUAGAUCUGGACCAAAUUGUUGACCCAAAGCUGUAUCAUACCAGUGGAGGGUCCCCAGUCAUGCACAUUUGGCCAUAUGGAGACCUUCUUGACCUCUACAUCAAGUUUGACAACGGAGCCAAGAGUCACAAGUACAACGUGUACCAGAAGAAGAACUUUCCCUCGGAGUGGCACUACACCAACAACUCUCGGAUCAGUCGUCUUGUGCUGGUCGCCGAUGUGGGAUACGUCUUUCAGGACUGGAAGAACCACAUCGAGAACUAUAAGAAGAAGGGUCUGCCUGGAUUGACAAACACAUUUGGUGACCACGGCUACCCCACAAAUGCCUCCGAGAUGGAACCCAUAUUUGUUGCCGUCGGUCCGUCGUUCAAGAGGGGCUUCAAGGCACCGUCCUUCAGCAAUGUUGAUGUGUACCCUCUGCUGUGCCACAUGUUGUCCCUCCCACCUGGACCCAACAAUGGCACUCUCAAAGGCAUUGGCACUGUGCUAUCACACCCUGCAGUGGCUGCACUUGCUAAACCUCUCCUUAUAGCUUUAGGUUGCUUAGUGAUUCUGGUUGGGCUUAUUGGCAUCCUGGCCUGUGUACUGUCAAGAAGGGAUCGAAGAGCUGUGUCAGCCGAUUCGUUGAUUAAUGGAUACGUACACAGGAGAGUGAUGCGUUCUGAGUCCAGUAAGGUAGCAGACGAAGAUGCGAGCGAGGAGGAGUGUCUGUUGGAAAGUGAGGUUGUCACCGUGGAGCUAUAAGGGUUGGGUCUCAUGGACGACUCGCGCCUUCAAGAAGAUCUUUUGCUCUUGUGGCCGAAUUAUUGUUGUGAGAGUUGUAAUUUUUUUUUUUCUUGUAGGUUAUUGAUUGCUGAGGUGAUAUUUCGUAAUGGAAAGAAUUGUGCUGUAGUCAGUUAAUUACUUAUAGCCAUGUUUUAACCCUGUGAUCCCAGCUUAUAGAUUUCUUUGAAUUUUUUUUAGAUAUAUUUUUUAUAUAUAAAUUGUUUGUUUAUGAGGUAAAUCUCCCAUCCACAACAAGAAAAAAAAUCAAUAUGUGCAUAUUUAGUCAAAGUUCCAAAUAUGUGUGUGUGUGUGUGUGUGUGUGUGUGUGUGUGUGUGUGUGUGUGUGUGUGUGUGUGUGUGUGUGUGUG